AAGGAAAGCCAUUGUUGGGCCGAUAGGAAAGCCCAUGUUUAAGCUCAAGACAUCCUUCAAAGUGUCUCUCGUCUCUCUCUCGUUCGUGCUGGUUCUCUGAUUCCGCUUUUUGAAUCGCCAUUGAUUAAACUAACUUGAAGCCGAUCUCAAUACCUGUCCAUAGCGAAGGUAUUCAUCAUCUUCGCAUCGUGCCCUGAUAUUUUUUCACCCAAUUGGUUUUGGAUAGAUCCUUAAUCGACUCGUUAAACGCUGGAAGAGAUCUUCAGUUCACCGCUAAUCCUGAUCGUUGAGCUCAAAGUUUUGAUAUUUUUUUUCCCAUUUAUUUCCCUAACUGGGACUUCGAGGAGAUAAUGUCAAGUAAGGUAUGGAGAUGGGUGUUAGGUCUGAUCUACAUACUCGCUGUUGCCAUGAUUUGGAUUGCUGCCAGCUUCGUAGUCCAGUCUGUGGUUGACGCCGGCGUUUCUCCCUUCUUGAUCACUUUCAUUUGCAACUCACUGUUCGUCGUUUACCUUCCCCUCUUUGAGAUCGGUAGAUACCUCGAAGAUGCGUAUGGGAGUAUACUGUUCUGGAGAAGCAAAAGGUCUCACUUGCUUGAAUUGGUUGAGUCGGAGAAGGAUGUUUUGCUUGGAGGAGGUGGUGUGGUAUUAUCAUCAGAUGUGUCUGAAGGAUCAGGGGGGGUUGUUGUUGCUGCGAGAGAAGAGGGGGAUGGUAGUGGGAUUGAAUCUGGCAUGGAAAGUGUAGAGCUUGAGGUUAAUGUUAGUGGUGAAAACAAAGGGUUAGAUGAGAAGGGACGUUGGACACGGAUGCGUGUUGCUAAAGUAAGCCUUUUGAUAUGUCCGUUUUGGUUCUUGGCGCAGCUUACUUUCAAUCUCUCUCUCAAGUACACAACAGUUACGUCAAAUACAAUCUUAAGCAGCUCGUCAAGCCUGUUCACUUUUCUUGUAUCACUAAUAUUCUUGGGAGAGAAGUUCACGUGGGUGAAACUCUUCAGCGUUCUUCUUUGCAUGUCUGGGACUAUAAUUGUGAGUUUGGGUGACUCAGAAUCCAACUCAACUGCAACAGCUAAAAACCCGCUUCUUGGAGAUGUUCUUUCUCUGCUCUCAGCUGCUUUCUACGCUGUUUACAUAACUCUUAUACGUAAAAAGCUUCCAGAUGAUGAUGAAAGAAACGGCCGUUUCAGUAUGGCUCAGCUCCUUGGGUUUCUAGGUCUCUUCAACUUCUUUAUCUUCCUACCUGUUGCUCUGAUACUCAACUUUACAAAGCGAGAGCGCUUCAACUCACUAACCUUGAAACAGUUGGGUCUAGUUGUCGGCAAAGGUUUGUUAGAUAAUGUGCUCAGUGACUAUCUAUGGGCAAAAGCAGUACUUUUGACCACAACUACAGUGGCCACGGCUGGGCUAACCAUCCAGGUUCCAUUGGCAGCUAUUGUAGACAGCUUAGCAGGGAACAAACCAAGCUUCACCGACUACAUUGGUGCUGCAGCUGUAAUGGUUGGCUUUGCAGGUAUCAAUAUUCCUGCAGAAAUGUUUUGCAGAUCCAAAGAAACAUCUAUUGAGUUAGAACCUGGGACAUCGUUCACAGAUCCUCCUCAGGUUGUGUCGGAUAGCAUAGGAGUAGAUUCUUCAGAGACCCUAGUGUCCUAAUUGUUCGAUAUACAAUACACAUGAUGCUUAUAUCAUUUUGCUCUCUUGUUUUCUGAUGAUUUUUCUCUCUUUUGUUGUGAUUGAUAUGUAAAUCGUUGAACAUUGAUAUACGAAAGUAACUGGUAAAAAAAUAGUGUAAUAAAAUCUCUCAAGGUUGUGGACUC